GAGGGUGCGCUGCGCCCGCGCCCCGCGCCGAAGACCUUAGCCUGGGAGUGGAGUGGCUGAGCAGAUUCGGCUACCUGCCCCCCGCCGACCCCGCCACAGGGCAGCUGCAGACACAGGAGGAGCUGUCCAAGGCCAUCACAGCCAUGCAGCAGUUUGGGGGCCUGGAGGCCACUGGUGUGCUAGAUGAGGCCACCCUAGCGCUGAUGAAGACCCCACGCUGCUCCCUCCCCGACCUUCCCACCCCAACCCCCACCCGACGGAGACGCCAGGCCCCCACCCCAACCAAGUGGAACAAGAGGAACCUCUCCUGGAGGGUCCGAACGUUUCCAAGGGACUCUGCCCUGGGCCGGGACACGGUGCGGGCGCUCAUGUACUAUGCCCUCAAGGUCUGGAGUGACAUCGCCCCUCUCAACUUCCACGAGGUUGCGGGCAGCACAGCUGACAUCCAGAUCGACUUCUCCAGGGCCGACCAUGACGACGGCUACCCCUUUGACGGCCCCGGGGGCACAGUGGCCCACGCCUUCCUCCCCGGCAGCCACCACGCUGCAGGGGAUGCCCACUUUGAUGAUGACGAGGCAUGGACCUUCCGUUCCUCAGAUGCCCACGGGAUGGACCUGUUUGCAGUAGCCGUCCAUGAGUUCGGCCACGCCAUCGGGCUGAGCCACGUUGCCGCCACCCAGUCCAUCAUGCGGCCGUACUACCAGGGUCCAGUGGGUGACCCCCUGCGCUACGGAUUGCCCUAUGAGGACCGCGUGCGGGUGUGGCAGCUGUACGGUGUGAGAGAGUCUGUGUCCCCCACGGGACCCCCAGAACCUGAGGAGCCACCUCCCCUGCCGGACACCCCUGACAACCGGACCAGCAUCCUGCCGAGGAAAGACGUGCCCCACAGGUGCAACACACACUUCGAUGCUGUGGCACAGAUCCGCGGGGAAGCCUUCUUCUUCAAAGGCAAGUACUUCUGGCGGCUGACCCGGGACCGGCACCUGGUGUCACUGCGGCCUGCGCAGAUGCACCGCUUCUGGCGGGGGCUGCCCCUGCACCUGGACAGCGUGGACGCUGUGUACGAACGCACCACUGACCACAAGAUCGUCUUCUUCAAAGGAGACAGAUACUGGGUGUUUAAGGACAAUAACGUAGAGGAAGGAUACCCGCGGCCCAUCUCCGACUUCAGCCUCCCGCCGGGCGGCGUGGACGCCGCCUUCUCCUGGGCCCACAAUGACAAGACUUAUUUCUUUAAGGGCCAGCUGCACUGGCGCUACGAUGACCACAUGCGGCGCAUGGACCCUGGCUACCCUGCCCAGAGCCCCCCGUGGAGGGGUGUCCCCAGUGCACUGGACGACGCCAUGCGCUGGUCUGAUGGUGCCUCCUACUUUUUCCGUGGCAAGGAAUACUGGAAGGUGCUGGACAGCGAGCUGGAGGUAGCACCUGGCUACCCUCAAUCCACCGCCCGGGACUGGCUGGUGUGUGGGGACCUGCAGGCUGGUGGCCCCGAGGACACAGGCUCGGACCGUGAGGAUGGGGUCCAUGCCCGGCCGGGCCAGCAUGACCAGAGCCGCUCUGAGGAUGGGUAUGAGGUCUGCUCCUGCACCUCCAUCGCCUCUCUGCUCCCCAGGCCCCCAGGUACCCUGGUGGCCACUAUGCUGCUGCUGUUGCCAAGCUUACCAUGGACAGUGGCCAUUCUAUGA